CUGGGGGUUAAUCCUGCUGCAGGGACUGAUAGAGAGGGGAGACUGGGGGUUAAUCCUGCUGCAGGGACUGAUAGAGAGGGGAGACUGGGGGUUAAUCCUGCUGCAGGGACUGAUAGAGAGGGGAGACUUGUGGGACUGGGGGAUAAACUGGUCCCAGUACAACAUGUAUUUAUUGUAGUGAUAUGAGAGGGGGGAUCCCCACAGGCAGCUUUAUAUGGUGGGUUUGUGUUCCUUGCUGUCAGGUUCUCCAGAGAUGGAAACAAGGAGGUUAGAGGGGAAAUGGGAGAAUGAAGAGCCGGACACUGAGGAUCCUCUGGACACAAUAAAGAGGGAAAUGGAUCCCGUUCCUGGGGCCGCCUCCCCAUUGGCUGAAUCAGAAUUAUCACAAAUGAAGAUAAAAGAAGAAGAACUGGACACUAAAGAUCAUCUGAACCCAAUGGGAAGCCCGGCACUUGCACUUACGGAUGAGGCUUUCCCUGAGUUGGAUCCAGAAAUAUUACAGAUUAAGAUAAAGGAGGAGGAUUCUGAUUGUGAAGAUCAUCUGAACCCAGUGGAUGUAGGGUAUCCUCAGUUUCACUCCGGAGAGAAACCCUUCACAUGCACGGAAUGUGGGAAGAGCUUUGAACACAGUCACAGCUUUAUGUUGCACAAGAGGAUCCACACAGGAGAGAAACCCUUUGCGUGUCAUUUAUGCUGGAAGAAGUUCACUUACAAAUGUCAGCUUGUGACACAUGUCGAUAAUCACUCCAGGGUAAAACCAUUCCGAUGCGUUGAAUGUGGGAAACGUUUCUCCCUAAAAAAGAGACUUAUAAGCCAUCAGAAAAUUCACACAGGAGAGAAAACAUUUAAGUGUUUAGAAUGUGGCAAAUUGUUUUCUGGGAAACACAAACUUGAGAAACACCAACAAAAUCACACAGGGGAGAAACCCUUCACGUGUCCAGAAUGCGAGAAAAGCUUUGCCUUAAAAUACAGGCUUGACAAACACCUGAGAAUCUUCACGGGGGAGAAACCCUUUACCUGUACGGAAUGUGGGAAAGGCUUUUAUGUAAAAGAGAAACUUCAGAAGCACGAGAGGUUUCACUGCGGGGUGAAACCAUUUACAUGCAUGGAAUGUGGGAAAGGCUUCAGUUUAAGCACUAGUCUUGCCAAACAUCUGAGCACUCACGCUGGAGAAACACCUUUAAUAUGUACAGAAUGCGGCCAGCAGUUUCCUUUAAGAAGUGAAUUUGAGAAUCACCUGAGACUUCACGGAGGAGAGAUACCGUUCAUGUGCACCCAAUGCGGGAAAAGUUUCUGUCAGAAGAGCAGUCUCGAUGCCCACCUGAGAAUUCACACGGGGGAGAAACCUUUUAUGUGCACUGAGUGCGGGAGAAGGUUUAAUUUAAAGAAUGGUCUCAGGAAGCACCAGAAAAUUCACACAGGGGAGAAACCCUUUAAAUGCACAGAAUGCGGCAAGGGGUUUUACAUGAAGACUGAUCUUCACAAACAUCACCGGACUCACACGGGAGAGAAACCAUUCACAUGCACAGAGUGCGGCAAGAACUUCUCCCACCACAGCAGCCUCUACAAUCACCAGAGGGUCCACACCGGGAAGAAACCAUUCACGUGCGCACAGUGCGGACGAGGUUUCAGCAGCAGAGGCAGAUUUUAUAAACACCAGAGAGUUCACAGCGGAGAGAAAACAUUCACCUGCGCGGAAUGUGGGGAAAGUUACUUUACCAGCGCCAGCCUUCACAGACACGAGAACAUUCACACCAGGGGGAAACCAUUGACAUGUACAGAAUGUGGGAAGUGUUUCCCCGAAAGGCACAAACUCACCAGGCACCAGAAAAUUCACAAAGGUGCGAAAGCUUUAUGUGUGCGGAACAAAGGGAACGUUCCGCCCUGUGGGAGGGGACUGAAAUCCCUGCCUGGGGCGGGAGUAAAAGAUUUUAGCAACUCCCCCCACACAUUGUCUGGUCAGAGCCUCGAUGUGAGGAGACUUACUGAGGAAAAGACUGGGAAUUGUCCCCUGCUGCUCCCUGUAACUCCCUGCAACUCCCUGCUCCUGUGUCCCUCACAUUCCCAUCCCCUGUACUCACAUCUCCAGCCUCAUCUACUGGGUUCCCCAGAGGCACAAGCAGAAAUGUUACAGAUAAAGACAGAGAAAGAAGAACUGGACUGUGGAGAUGAUCAGAACCCAAAGGAAAGCUCAGCAGUUCCACUUACUAAUGGGGCUUUCCAGAUAAAGAUAGAGAAGGAAGAACUGGACUCAGAAGAUCACCAGAACCCAAUGGGAAUCUUGUCCAUCCCAGUUAGUGAUUUGGAUCAGAGCGACUUGACCAGUGGAAAUUGCUGUCAGACAUCCAGACGGCACCCGGGUGCCACAUACGCAGUCACGGAGUCGAUACAGGGCACUGGAGUAUUUAGGGGACAGGCACAACAGCCAGGAAAGACUGACUCAGAGUCUGACACUCUAUAUGAGGAGUGCGGUGCAAGGCCGGACUUUAUUUGCUGUGCUUGUGGUGACAACAUCUCAGCCAAUGAGGCGCAAGCACAUCUAAUGACUUGCACUUGUUCAAGCGACACAUGUACCGGAGCAGAACCAUUGACGUGUAACAUGUAUGAGAACUGCCAUAAAGAGGCUCCGGAUGGAGAGAAACCAUACAGGUGCAUGAAAUGCAGCAGAAUGUUUUCCCAUAAGGGCAGCUUGCGGGCACAUGAGAAAACGCACAUGGAGCAGGUGCCAUAUCCGUGUACAGAGUGCGGCAAAGUCUUUUUUCGUAAGGGCACCUUCCUGGCACACAUGAGAAUCCACACGGCCGAAAAUCCCUUUACAUGUCCAGAAUGUGGCAAGAGGUUUUCCCAAAAGAGUAAUCUGCUGGCACACGAGAGGAUUCACACGGGGGAAAAACCAUUCACAUGUAUGGAGUGCUCCAAAAGCUUUACUGUUAAGAGCAGCCUUUUGUCCCACCAGAGGGUGCACACGGGGGAGAAACCCUACACCUGCACCCAAUGCAACAAACAGUUUUCUCACAGCGCUCAGCUUCGAGCACAUAUCAGCACUCACACGGGCGUAGACCCAUUCCCAUGCACCGAAUGCAGCAAGACUUUCUCUCUAAAACACAAACUCAUCAAGCACCAGAGAAUUCACACAGGGGAGAAACCAUUCAUCUGCACAGAAUGCGGCAAAGGCUUUUCUACUAAAGACAAACUUCAGAAACACCAGAGAAAUCACACUGGGGAGAAACCAUUCAUGUGCACCGACUGUGGGAAAAGCUUCACUUUGAAGGACAGACUCGACAAACACCGGAGAAUUCACACUGGAGAAAAACCUUUCCAAUGUCUGGAAUGUGGGAAGAGUUUCUCUGUUAAGCACGGGCUUCUGAAACACCAGAGAUCUCACACGGGGGAGAAACCCUACGCCUGCAGCGAGUGCCAGAAAACCUUUGCUCACAAGACUACACUUAUGGUACAUGAGAGAAUUCACACAGGAGAGAGACCUUAUGAAUGUAACGACUGUGGGAAGAGAUUCAUUCAUAGCACCAACCUGAACUGCCACCAGAAAAUCCACUCCGGGGAGAAACCAUUCACCUGCACAGAAUGCGGCAAAAGCUUCUCUUUGAAGAACAAACUUGUCAGACACCAAAAAAUUCACAAAUAGCGAGGCAUAAAGGAAUACAUUCUAAACACUAGGGGGCACAUUUAUCAAGGGUCAAAUUUCGAAUUCAUGUCAGUUUUUCUCAAACCUCCCAUAAACUCGAAAAGGCAGCUUUAUAUGGUGGGUUUGUGUUCCUUGCUGUCAGGUUCUCCAGAGAUGGAAACAAGGAGGUUAGAGGGGAAAUGGGAGAAUGAAGAGCCGGACACUGAGGAUCCUCUGGACACAAUAAAGAGGGAAAUGGAUCCCGUUCCUGGGGCCGCUUCCCCAGAGGAGGAACUGGAAAUAUUACAGAUAAAGAUAAAGGAGGAAGAACCAGACCCUGAAGAUCAUCUGAACCCAAAUGAUAGACCUGUGGUUCCAUUUAAGUAUCUGGCUUCCCCAUUGGCUGAAUCAGAAAUAUUACAGAUAAAGAUAAAGGAGGAAGAAUCAGAUCCUGAAGAUCAUGUGACCCCAGUGGAAAGUUCAGCAGUACCAGUUAGUGAUGGGGGUGGGAACAUGAAGGCUGAGCACAGUUCUGAACUGCCCAAACCAGAGACUGACUGGGAGUCCGGCACAAGAUCUGCCGAUUGCUUAACAAGCUCUGAUGGAUCAGGUUUUAUCUGCAGUAAAUGUGGGGAAACCUUCCCUUUAAAUAGUGAAGUCACCCACGUUUGUGGGACACUAGUGAGAACCAACACAGGAGAGACUCCUUUCACUAGUAUGGAAGGUGAGGAGAGUUUAAUUGACAGAAGGAACCUUCCUGAACAUCAGAGAACUCACACAGGGGAGAAACCAUUCACCUGUACAGAAUGUGGGAAAGGUUUUACUCAGAAGAAAACCCUACGAAACCACAACAAAAUUCACACCGGAGAAAGACCUUACUCUUGUUCGGAAUGUGGGAAAAGUUUUACUGAAAAAAAGACCCUUCGAGACCACACCAAAAUCCACACUGGAGAGAAACCUUUCACUUGUACAGAAUGUGGGAAAAGCUUCACUGAAAAGAGUCACCUUCGAAGCCACAACAAAAUUCACACGGGAGAGAAACCUUUCACCUGUACUGAAUGUGGGAAAAGCUUCACUGAAAAGAGGAACCUUCAACACCACUACAACGUUCACACCGGAGAGAAACCCUUCACCUGCACAGAAUGCGGGAAAAGCUUUACUACCAGCAGUAGCCUCUGUAAUCACAAGAGAAUUCACCGAGAGGAGAGACCUUAUUCCUGUUCAGACUGUGGGAAAUCGUUCUAUGUAAAGAGCCACCUUCUAAACCACCAGAACACUCACACGGGGGAGAAACCAUUCAGCUGCACCGAAUGUGGCAAAUGUUUCACUGAAAAGGGCACCCUGCGCAUGCACCAGAAGAUUCACACCGGGGAGAAACCAUUCACCUGUACAGACUGCGGCAAAUGUUUUACUGAAAGGAAAAACCUUCGAAGGCACAUAAAGAUUCACACCAGAGAGACGCUUUCUCCUGUACACAAUGAGGCAAAUGUUUUACUGUGACAAUCCAACAAUACCUGCCUGGGUAAUAGCGACAGCGUAGAUGGUUAGCUGGUGGGUUCUGUUUGCAUUGCUGACUAUAACAGGCACAUUUAUCAAGGGUCGGAUUUAAAAUUCAUGUGAGUUUUUUAAAAUUCCCAUAAUCUCCCAUGAAGUUGAAAUUUGACCAAU